GUAGGAGUAACAUUACCAUAACGCAAACGCAAUUACCUGACCUUGAUCCGCUAUUAAGUGAUGUUGUUCCUUCCAUUCGUUUCAUCAAUAUGUCCUCGUGGCUGGGGUUGCAUUGAAGGUAAGUCAGUGUAAAGUAGCAUAUUUCCGUCUAGUACAUCACUACAUGGCCGUCCAGUCGUCCCCUUUGUCUGCUCUACGAGCAAGCAAGAAGUUUGCCUGCCCCAAAACGGUUCAGAUCAUCGUGUGUCUUCUAGUUUGGUGGGGCCUGGGCGUCUAUGUUAUUUCGCAGAGCAAGCUCUUGCUCGGGAAGGAGGGCGGUGCGCCGGUGCUUGCCAGCAACGCCGGUUCUGGUUCUGUGUCUGCCUCCGAGACGAAAAAUGCUGGAUCUUCUGGGAUUGACUUUGCACCUCCAGCAGGAGAGCAUGAUGAUAAGCAGGAUGGCACCACACCAUCAACUCCUGCUGGUUCAUCAGCUUCAUCAAAUGCGAACAAAAAAUCGGAAUCCACCUCGCAGCAAAACGGUACUUCUACCGGAGAGUUCCCCUACCCACUUUUCCUAUCCGCGUGGUCGAAUAUUGUUAUGAGUUUCCUUUGCUGUGCCUGGCACUGGAAUAUCAAGCAGAAAAGGAGUAGUACCGGAGCAGCAAUAUCUUCGUUGGGCGAAACAAGCGGAGCAGCGAAAUCCUGCCUGGAUUUUCUUUUCCCCGACGGUGAGGACGAUGUGGAUCAUGAUGGCAUGCACAAUGGCCGGCUACAUGAGAAAGGCAACAGCAGCUCCAGCGGUAGAAAGACAACCGACUAUCAUGAUGAUAUCUCCACCGCUGCCACGGGAGAAGCCGAAGCCAGCACUAGCGCCUCUACCAUUGGCUCAGUAUCUGCGCACGGCACGAGUGAGCAGGACCGAGAAAUGUUUGACGUGGCUGGUGCCAGUAGCGGAAUCAAUAUGGCAUCACCGCCCCGACCUGGUGGACUGUCAACCUCAACCCUCGUCAAAGAUGACGGCGGAGGAACCGGGGGAAGUCCGAACCUCCGGAAGCCUGGUGGUAGUCCGAGCUUUGCAACUGGUGAAAGUAGUACAGUAGCGAGUAGUCCACCUCAGAGACGUUCUCCGAAUUAUACUACUAGCAGUGCGACAGCGACACAACUAUCCCAUCAAGCGGACAUCGUCCAUGCAAGGAGAAACACGGUUCUGAUUGUCGGCUUCAUUGGUGGACUGGAAAUCGGCGCGGCGAACUCCUCCCUCUACUACCUCCCUUUGGUCGUUCGAACCACCAUGCACAGCCUGCAGCCGCUCUGCAUGUACGUCGUGUGUCGGCUGAUGGGGCUGGAAUUUCACAGCAGCCGCACCGUGCUAAUUGCGAUCUUGUGUUGCAGCAUCGGCGGGAUAUUUCUGUGCCAGGAUCCUGGAAGUGGCGGGGUGGUACUAACACCAGCAAAUGCAGCAGAACUUAGUACAGGAGACGCAACGUCGGCCUUGGCGGUGUCCUCCACCCCUUCAGUUGUAGUGCCAUCUCCUCCACCCAAUCAUGGGGUUCUGGAUGUUGUGGUAGACUUGCCAACAACGGCAGCAAUCUCGUCCACGACGAACGCCUCCGCCUCCGCCGGUAUCGCACCUAAAACUGCCUGGACAAACGUCUCCCACCUUGGCCUGUUUUUCGGUGUGAUGGCGCCUUUGUGCGGGUGCACGCGCUGGGCGCUGAUGCAGCGACUGGUGCACGAGUUUUCCGGGCCCUGCGAGCUGCUGCUCCAUACCGCACCAAUUACGGGUGUGGUCCUGGCGGUUGGCAGUUUUCUUUUCGAGCCGAACGCGUUUCUGACCUUUGUCACCCCCAUGUUCGCGCACUUCCUCACCUACGAGGGGAUUCACUUGCUAAUCCGCUUGACCAGCAUCGGGCUUGCGGUCAUGAGCCUGCUCUUAGCGGAGCUCCGGGUGUUGCAGCUCACCAGCGCACUGACUCUGUGCAUCUUCGGCGUUUGUCACAAUCUGUUGCUGAUUGUCGCGGGGAUGGUGGUUUUCCGCGAAAAGCUGAAUUACUGGCAGUUGGUCGGCGUCGCGUCCGGCCAGGUAGGAGUCUUGCUGUACGGAAUCGCAAAAACAUCGUCCUCGUCGGGUCAACAUGCUGGCUCCUCAUCUUCGUCGUCAAAUAAAUCACACGGGCGAAAAAGUGGCAGGGCGAUCAUUGCGGAAUACGACCUGGAGGAUGGUGGAGAUGGACAGGAGCACUAUUACGACGAGGAAAAGCAAAGCUUCGUGCGGAACAGAACCGCACUGGAGAUGCAAGCGAGUCCCAGCACUUCAACAGCGUCGAAAACUCAAUACCCAUCGAAUGGACCGCUUUCUCUUUCAUCUGCGCGAUACAACAAUUUUGGAAACCACGACGAGCUAAGUGCGGACUCACCGCAACUCAUGCGCAUCACUGCCCACGAAUUGACAUAUGACGACGAGGGCGGCGGUAGUUUUGGGAACCCUCGCAAAGGGAUUGGCUCUCCCGGGAUGAUUCACAUUCCUUUUGCAGCGUCUUUGUCGUCGUUGCAAAACAUGGCGUCGAGGUUGUUUUCUGUUGGCGGGUCUUGGAGUGUUGCCAGUAGUCCCACCAGCAGCGCUACGAAUCGUGGGCAGUACGCGCCCGUGCGACAGGUCGAUCCCCGGGAGGACAGUUUUGGUUUGUGAAAAAAAUUAAAAUCUAUGCUAAGUACUGCAGCGCUGCGGAAAGUGCACUGAUUUGAUUAAGUAGAAGGAAAAGCUAAAGCACUAUAGAAAUAAGAACUUGAGACUCCCUUGACAAAACGAAAAACGCACGACGCCAAAUUCAAACUAGUGCCGUGGCUGCGAAUUGGCGUUCGCGCUACUUUGACCUGAUCAGUCGCUG